AUGCUUCUUUUGAAAUUAGUCCUUCCCCUUUUGGCUGCCGCUUCCCAAGCGGCGGCUGAUCUGAUAAAGUGGGAUGAUUGGGAGCACGGUCGAGUUGCUCUGGAAGAUGUCAGCAUUCACUUCCGUUAUGCUGGCUCUGGGCCACCCCUACUACUUGUCCACGGGAACCCGCAGUUCAGUCUGACUUGGCAGUUUAUCGGACCUAUCCUCGCACAGAACUACACCGUCAUCGCCCCGGACAAUCGCGGCGCCGGCGAUUCCAGCAUCCCGCCGGACGGCAACUAUAGCGCUGCUGCUUCGGCUGCUGACCUUAAAGGCGUCCUCGAUUUCUUAAACAUCAGCUCUACGUACGUCUUCUCACACGACAAGGGCGUCGGGAUGGCCAUCGCGCUCGCCGCACAGUACCCGGGCUUGGUGAAGAUGCUCGGCCUAUCAGAGUACAUCCUGCCAGGAUUCGGAUACGAGGGCGCCGCGACGCCUGGGCCCUUUUGGGAUUUGUAUCAGAACCCACAGCUGGCCUUUUUCCAAAUCCCGGACUUUGCCGAGUUUCUGAUGAGCGGUCGCGAACGCCAGUUCCUGCUCUGGUACUUCUACCACGGCAGCUACUCGGGCCCAACGGCCUUCUCGGAAGAGACGGUGACGCGUUACGCUAGCAGUAUCCAGAAGCCUGGGUUCUUGAGGGCCAUGUAUGGGCCAUUUUCGACAGCUUCUGUCUCGGCGGACGCGGAGUUCUUUAAUAGGACUGUGGGAAAAUCCCCGCUGAGUAUACCGGUUCUCGCGACGGGCGGAGAGGCAAGCUUUGGCCUAAAGUCGAUAUUGCGACAGUCUUUCGGAUCUGUCGCGAGCAACCUGGAGGUAGAUGUCAUUCCGAAGGCAGGACAUUGGGUUGCCGAUGAGAACCCAGUCUGGACUGCGAACCGCUUUCAACAGUUCUUAGCUAAAGACUCCUCCCCGAUGGACAAAGUUGACCUGUCAUAUCUUAAGGAUAGGGCCACGCUAAAGGUGGCAUAUUUCGGGACGUUGAGAAAUGCGGCACUGGGAGGACUCCAGGUAUCGUGA